CGUGAUACGCGGGUAAACUUGUAUAGUUUUUCGCUGUCACAUAUCCGGAAACCCUCGGUGCGACUUUGCUGCCUGUUGUGAGUCUAUGGCUUCUGCAUUGGACGAUCCAGCAUUACAGCGUCACUUCAAAGGACACAAAGAUGCGGUCACCUGUGUUGACUUCAGCCCAGACAGCAAGCAACUUGCAUCCUCCUCAGCAGAUGCAUGUGUAAUGAUAUGGAACUUCAAGCCUCAAUCCAGAGCCUACAAAUACCCAGGUCACAAGGAGGCAGUUACUUGUGUGCAGUUCUCUCCUAGUGGACACUUGGUGGCAUCAUCAUCUAAAGACAGAACAGUGAGAUUGUGGGCUCCCAAUAUCAAAGGAGAAUCCACAGUCUUAAAGGCUCAUACUGCUGUUGUACGUUGUGUUAACUUCUCAAGCGAUGGGCAAACAUUUAUCACAGCAUCAGAUGACAAAUCAAUUAAAGCCUGGAAUCUGCAUCGACAGAGAUUCCUCUUCUCCUUAACUCAGCAUACAAACUGGGUGAGAUGCGCUAGAUUUUCUCCAGAUGGAAGAUUAAUAGCAUCUUGCAGUGAUGAUAAGACCGUUCGAAUCUGGGACCUAACCAACAGACUUUGCAUUAACACUUUUGUGGAUUACAAAGGACAUUCCAAUUAUGUUGACUUUAACCAGAUGGGAACUUGUGUAGCCUCUGCAGGUGCUGACAGUACUGUGAAAGUCUGGGAUAUUAGAAUGAACAAAUUACUGCAGCAUUAUCAAGUACACAAUGCAGGAGUCAGCAGCCUUUCAUUCCACCCAUCUGGUAAUUACCUGCUUACUGCAUCUAGUGAUGGCACUUUAAAAAUUUUGGAUCUUUUGGAAGGAAGGCUUAUCUACACACUUCAUGGGCACCAGGGUCCUGUCCUGUCUGUGACAUUUUCGAAAAGCGGAGACCAGUUUGCUUCAGGGGCCACAGAUGCACAGGUUUUAGUGUGGAAGACAAAUUUUGACAAAUACAGCGUAAAAGAAAUUGUGAAGCUGCAGCAGAAAAGGACUUGCCCUGAAGCUCCUCCUCAUCUGAAUGACAUAUAUCCCAGAACUCCCCACCUCCACUCAAGCAGUGGUCAUUCCAUAGAGAUCAAUCCCAUGUGUGAAGUAGCAGAUACACAAACUUUUGAUCCACCAAUUAUAAACGUCGGAGCCAACCUUCCUUACUGUAGACGGACUAAAGCUGUGCACACAUUGAAUAAGCAUGUAAGAAAUGACAAUUACCCCACACCUCCUGUGGCCUUUUCUUACACUGAAGGACAGAAGGAACAUCCAUUAGUAGAAGAACAAGGCGUUCUUCCUCCAUCACUGAGCAAUACAUUGGAACAGAUUGUAGAUCAGCUUAAUGUGUUGACCCAGACUGUUUCGAUUUUGGAGCACCGUCUGACAUUAACAGAAGAUAAAUUGAAAGAAUGCCUUGAAAACCAGCAGAAAACCUCUGCACACGCAUCCGAAUCGGAUUGAUAUGUGACAAAUGGGUGCCAUGCACACUGCCACUAUGACUUGAACUACUUCAAUACGCAUCCUCGCUUUUCAGAAGUUAAAAUGCAGUUUUUUCCUGCGAUUUCACACGUUGCCUUGUUUUUAAGGUUUUAUGUGCUUUGUCUUUUCAUAGCAAUAUAAUAAAUCAAAUAUUUAUUUUA